UUAUGCUCUCUCCCAGAUUCAACAGACUUUUCAGUUUUAGCAGUAUCUCUUCACCAAUCUACUAUUAGUAGAGUUUUGUAGUUUAAAACACUUUCCAAUGCUUCUAUGAGACUCUCCUUGGUCAGCAGCUUCAAUAAUUUGUCCAAUUUCUAUAUUAACUAAGAAUGUCUCAGCAAUGGUACACAUUAACAAAAAGUUUGGCUUCAGCAGUUGAUAUAAUUAACACUAUUGAAGUUGGUAAGCUAACUAGACUAUGCAAAAGAGUUCUUGAAACUAUACAUUUGAAGAAUGACAAAGCAUUCACAUCAGAAGAAGAAGAUAAAUUGCAACUAGCAUUUGAUUUAUCAAGCGGCGAAGUGGAACUGCUAUUAGAAAUAAUAUCAUUUAUCUGGGAACAAGCUGCAUAUCAUUUAGCAAAGGGAAAUAUAUUUGCACAACAGUUAAGCAUUAUUGGCAUUCAUGAUGAUAAGAUAGAAGUUUUUACAAGUUUAUGGAAAGAACUGGGACCAAUGGUCAUAGAACAUUUUCGAAAAAGAAGUCUGGCACCAAAGCAACUGGAUACCAUAAAAUGGAAUUUAAAUGUAGAAGUUGCACAAGCUAACAGAAUCAAGCUGAAAACACCAAAUGCUAUUGUUGAACUUGGUUUAGAUAAUGCUGAUAACAAAAUAGCUGAAAAGAUUCAAUUACAGUUUGACCACAGCCAAUUGUAUUCAUUUUUUAAUCAACUAGAAGCUAUUCAACUUCAUCUAGAUGCUCUUAAUUGAAUGUCCUAUUGUUAAUAAAUCAUCUGAACUACAGCAGUUUUUGUUGACAUAUGAAUCAUUAAAAGAUA